AUGGACAAUAAGUUCUCGGCGCAAGACCUCUCCGAGGCUGCGCUUGGUGGCCCGCUACGCAUCCAAGAUGGGCGCUUUGUUGAUGCCUAUGGCAGGACAGUAUGCCUGCGAGGCUUCAACGUCGCCGGCGCAAGUAAGAUGCCAACCAAACCAAACGGCUUCACGCACCUGUGGGACAGCGACAGCUUCUACCAACACCGCACUGUCGACUUUACCGGACGGCCCUUCCCGCUUGAGGAGGCACCUCUCCACUUCCGACGGCUGCAGGCCUGGGGGAUGCCUUUGAUCAGGCUGCUUGUAACGUGGGAGUCUCUGGCCCACGCUGGUCCUAACCCGAGCACAGACCUCGAUCUGGACUAUGUUGCCUACCUUCGGCAGCUCAUCGAAAUGAUGCCCAAGUAUGGCCUGAAGUGCUUCGUCUGCGCCCACCAGGAUGUAUGGAGCCGGUUCUGUGGAGGGAGCGGUGCUCCGGGCUGGACCCUGGAAGCUGCCGGUCUCGACAUGCAGGCUUUCACCGACACAGGCGCUGCCUACAUCCAUGGACAGGACGAGGCAAGGCGAGCCAGAGCACCGCCUAAUGAGCAGGAGCCAAGUGGCCCCUUUGUGUGGCCUUCGGGAAAUCAGAAAUUGGCCGCCUCUACGAUGGCGACGCUCUUCUGGGCUGGUGAAGCCCUAGCCCCGGAACUCAAGUGUCUUCGCUCGCCUCUAGAUGGCCAGGGUGAGGCCGAAAAGGUUUCCAUCCAGCAAUUCCUUCAGGAUGCCCUCAUCGAAGCCUUUGGCCGGCUCGCCGACGAGGUGGGGUCCCUCGAGGCAUGUCUUGGGUUUGAGCCCAUGAACGAGCCGGACCGCGGCUUAAUAAACCUGCAGAACUUCCACGGCUGGAACUACAACACAGACCUGCACAUAGGAUUUUUUCCAUCCUUCAUCCAAUCACUCGCGCUAGGCAGCGGGUAUCCCCAGAAAAUACCCUAUUACGUCAAGUCGUGGCCGUGGCCGACUCGUCGGUCUCAUCAGACAUUGGUCGAUCCCAAGGGCCGUUCUGCCUGGCUGAAAGCAGCCGGCCCUGGCCCUAUCGUCGACCAACCUCGAGGCAUGGGCGAAUGCAUUUGGCGCAGUCACGGCGUCUGGGGUUGGGAUGAGCAGGGAAAACACCCAGUUGUAUUGCAACGCGACUAUUUCGACUAUGACCAUCGGCCUGGUCGAGAGGCGCAUAAGAUUGAAUGGUAUAAAGACUGCUAUGCGCCUUUUGUACUGAAAUUCACUAAGCGCGUGUCUGGCCGGUUUCAAGAGCACCUUGCCUUCGUCGAGCCUCUGCCUAACCAAUUUAUGCCGCCAUGGCAGGCUGUGGAUAGUAAAAUUCACCAGGAACGACACCGGACAAAGAAUGUCAUCGAUUCUGUUCGCCCACAGAAUCUUGUGUAUGCCCCUCAUUUUUACGACCUGAAUGUCCUCUUUAGCAAAAUCCACACAGCAAUGAGUGUAAACGUUCAGGGCUUAGCGAGGGGCAUGUUCAUUUUACGUGCCCUCUACUUUGGUGCAGCCGGUCUGCGUAAGAACUAUACAGCUCAGCUUCGCAACCUUGUACACCAUGCUCACGCCUACCUUGGCCAAGUGCCGAUAUUGAUCGGCGAGGUCGGCAUCCCCUUCGACAUUAACGGACACACAGCCUUCAAGACAGGGAAUUACGACAGUCAGCGAGAACUUAUGCACGCCCUCAUAUCGGCUAUGGAAGACAACUUUGUCGGUUUCACUCUUUGGAAUUACAAUCCGAUCAACGAUUCCGAGCACGGGGAUGGUUGGAAUGACGAGGAUUUCUCGGUCGUCACCAGCGACAGGACUGUGGUUGACUACCGAAAUCAGCAGUACGAGGAUGACGAUCUGUAUCGCGGCGCCAGGACUCUUGACGUCGUGGUUCGCCCCUAUGCAGUCAAAGUUGCUGGCAUUCCGACUCGGUCGCAUUGGGAUCCGCGGACUCUCAAGUUCGACUUUGAAUGGCAAAGCGGUCCUGAUGAGCAGAUGACCAAAAAGUCUCGAGUCACUGAGAUUUUCCUUCCGAAUUAUCACUACGCCACUCACGACCUUCGGAUCGAAGUCAGCGACGGAGAAUGGUCCGUUGACACUGAGAAUCAGACGCUAUAUGUGGUUCACGAGACAAAUCGUGUUCAGCAUCGACUUGUUCUUCAAAUACAUGACCUCCAACAGCAUCUGAUUUCCAGAGUCGAGCACCAACGCAAAGCAUUCCCGCGCAGCUUCCCGCUUAGCAUAGCCCCGUCCUUCGCUGAAGUCUGGAUCGAAUUUGUAUCCUUUAAUCACGUCUUCUGGGCUGUUUCUUUAAUCGUAGCUCUGGCCGCCAUCUUUGUCCUUCUGUGA